UCUCUUCGAUUUCUCCUCGCGGUCUGAACCUCGAGGGCUCUCGAGGUUUGUUUCGAGUGCAGAUGAGGAUUGGCCCUGUGAAUUGUGUGCCUAUUUCGUCGCAAAAGCGAGUGCAGUAAGGAUUCGAAGCUUCUGUCGCACAUGGUGGUGAACAAUGGUGAAGUCAUACCUUCGCUACGAAGAAGCAGCCGCGUUUGGGUUGGUUGUGUCACCGGGAGCAAAUGUGGAAUAUGACAGCUCUGGGAAACUGUUAUUAGCUGGGGCUUUGGAGCAGCUGGCGGUAUGGAAUGUAAAGCAGGGCCGCAGUGUUCACAACCUCAGUAUUCCUGCUCCAGCGACAGGAACUCGCGCUUUGGUCACAUCCGUGCAACGAAUGCCGACGUCGACAUCGCUGGUGGCCGUUGGCUACGGUGAUGGAACAGUGAGGAUUUGGGACAUAAUAAAAGGAGCAUGCGAGACAACUUUAGUUGGUCACAAGGGAGCUACCACGGCUUUGCGUUACAACAAAUUGGGCUCCCUGCUGGCAUCUGGUAGCAAGGAUACCGAUAUCAUUGUCUGGGACGUCGUAGGCGAGGCAGGACUCUUUAGUCUUCGGGGACAUCGUGAUCAGGUUACGGAUGUCGUAUUUUUAACCAAAGGAAAGAGACUUGUAAGCUGUUCCAAAGAUACUUUCGUUCGCGUAUGGGAUUUAGAUACACAGUCAUGCAUACAGACUGUAGUUGGUCAUCGUGGAGAAAUCUGGUCUCUUGAUGUCAAUAAUUCAGAUACGUACCUAGUUACUGGUUCAGCCGACCCCGAGCUUCACGUUUACGCAAUCAGUGAGGAUGAGAAUGUGGCUUCAGAUACGAGUAAGGAGGAGGUAGAGAAUGGAGUAACCACUAAAAGCAAGUGGGAAGUGCUCAAAAAUAUAGGAAACAUUAAGAGGGGUGACAACGGUCGAGUUGCAACCGUCCGGUUCGAUGCGUCUGGUACACUGUUUGGUAGCCAAGUGGCUGGGAAGACUUUGGAAAUAUACAGUGUAUCUGACGAAUUAGAGGCCUCCAAGAAAAUGAAGAGGAGGAGGAAAAGGAAAAGAGAAAAGGCCACCAAGGCCUCUGAGAAGAAUGGCCUUAUGGAAGAAAAGGGUCAAGACGAGAUGGCUACUGAAAAGGAUGAAAUUAUAGCGUCUGAUGUUUUUCACCUACUUCAAACGGUUAGAAUGAAACACAAGAUCCUGUCGUUUUGCUUCUCACCUGUGCAAGCAAAGAAGGGUGCAGUAGGAUCAAUAGCUAUAGCCCUACAUAACAAUUUACUAGAAGUGUACGAGUUGCAGGAGCAGACUGCCUCGCGCCUGCACGCAGUGGAUUUACCCGGCCAUAGGUCAGAUGUGCGGGUUGCUAGGCUCAACCAAGAUAGCACUCUCCUCAUGACCACGAGUCAUAACGCGGUGAAAAUUUGGAAUCCUCAAACCACUGCAUGCCUUCACACUGUAGAAACUGGAUAUGGUUUAUCUGGCGUGUUUGCUCCAGGAAAUCACGUCAUUGUGGGUACUAAGGCUGGAACACUGGAGAUAGUGGAUAUUGAUGCAGCUGAACGCUCCAAAGUGGUAGAGGCUCACUUGGGUGCUGUAUGGUCCAUAUCACCUUUUACAGACGGAUUAGGUUUUGUCAGCGGGAGUGCAGACCAUGAUGUGAAAUUCUGGGAGUAUGAAUUUGUUCAGGCUACAAAGCAGUUGAGCAUCCGCAACACGCGUACUUUGAGGAUGGCUGAGGAUGUUUUGGCCGUAUGCGUGAGUGCUAAUGCAAAAUAUCUUGCGGUUUCCCUUCUUGACUCAACAAUCAAGAUAUUUUUCGUAGACUCCUUGAAAUUCUUCCUAUCAUUAUAUGGGCAUAAACUGCCAGCUUUGGGGAUGGACAUAUCUUCGGAUGGGGCACUUUUGGUAACUGGUUCUGCCGACAAGAACAUCAAAAUUUGGGGAAUGGAUUUCGGAGAUUGCCACAAGUCCCUCUUUGCCCAUGCUGACAGUGUGAUGGCAGUUCAAUUUGUGCCAAAUACACAUUACGUUUUCAGCGUCGGAAAGGAUCGUGGUGUGAAGUACUGGGAUGCAGACACUUUCGAAUUGCUUCUUACUCUUGAAGGUCAUCAUGCCGAGGUGUGGUGCUUAGCUGUCAGUUCUCUGGGUGAUUUUGUAAUCACUGGUUCUCACGAUCGGUCAAUACGUCGUUGGGAUCGGACAAGCGAACCCUUUUUCUUAGAGGAAGAAAGAGAAAAGAGACUGGAAACUAUGUUCGAUGCUGGUUUGGAUGAUGGCGGACGUAGACCCGAAGAUAUACCAGAGGAAGGAGCAGCAGGUGUUGCCGGAAGGAAAACACAAGACACAAUCUCUGCUGUUGAUUCCAUAAUUGAAGCCCUGGAAAUGGCUGAAAGCGAGAUUGAGCGAUUAGCUCUUCAUAAGAAUGAGAAGAAGAGCGACUCGAAGGCUGGGCAGUUCAAGCCCAAUGUACUUCUACUAGGAAUGGCUCCGCACGCUUUCGUACUGAGGGCAGUGUCUUCUGUUCGGCCGAGUGACCUUGAGCAAGCCCUUCUGAUGUUGCCGUUCAUGGAUGCAUUAAAGUUGAUGGGAUAUCUAAAAGACUGGAUUUCUGAAGGCACUCAGGUUGAGCUAGUGUGUCGAGUUGCGGUGUUGCUGUCACAAAUUCAUCAUCAGCAACUUGCAAGCACAGGCGUAGCGAGGCCAACAUUAACCUCACUUCAUCCCGUACUUAAGGAGGGCGUCCAGUUGCUCAAGGAUACCAUUGGAUAUAAUAUGGCGGCCAUGGGACAUUUGCAGAGGUUAUUGACUGCAAGAGCAGACAUGCCGUUCAAGGAUGCUGCCAACAAGGUGAUGGAAAUUAGGAACAAAUUAGCUAAGAGAACGGGACAUCUCCCAGCCCCGGGAGCAAAGAAGCGUAAGAAACAAGCUGAGAAGGCCGAGGCAAAGACAUAGAUGAUGCGAAGGACAGUUCGUAUACGAACCUUCCAGUCUCCAACAUCCUCUCGUGUAUGAUUUUGUCACCGUGGUCGACGAUGUUCCUCAUUGCAAUACUAAACUUGAACUAAAUCCCAAGUUAGAAGAUUCCCUCUAACUUUGGCUUUAGUUAGAGGUAAUCUUCAAGUUGGAUUUCCGAAGUGCAAUAGAAACUCGAGCAUCCUAUGUGUACUGGAAUGCUUAUGUACCAAUGAACCGGAAAUUGAUUCAUCUAUGGUUUCAUUAUUCACACCGGUGAGGACAAGCAAUAUUAGCGCACCUCAGUUUGACCACAUCAUUACAUUAGAGUGACUACUCUACAGAUUUGCCCAAUUAGAAAGUAGAGUGCUUCAUCACGUUUGCACCUACUUGACAUUUCAGCCUUAGUGCCCAUCUCAUUGUCUUUCAGCACGAGUUAUUGUACUAUAAAGCCUAAAACACGGGAUAGUCAAUCAGCUUUUCUGUACUUGGAGGCCAAUUUUGACAGUCGAUAGAGUUUCUCAGGAAUAGUGAAUUAACAUUUUUUUCUACGAAAAGUUGGCGGCUAAAUACUGGGCUAGUGAGAAGAAGGUCAGCUCUAGAAGUUGCCUUCAAUUGCCACUGUGAGGUCAUUUUCCUGAUGUGUAUACGAACUAUUAUUUCACUUGAUUAUAAAAGCACCUGUAAACCCUG